CAUUCAGCCUCCCUCCUCCGUGUGGCUUCAGCGAACGUGUUGUUCGUUUUUAGCGCCGAGGGUUGAGAGUGAACGUACCGUCCUGGCUGCAGAACAUUGAGUACUCGCAGUUCACUCAAACACUGUCAUCAUUCACCGGCAACAGUCGCUCAAGUUGCAUCGCGUCGGACAGGCGAGCGGAGAAGCAGCCAGGAUACACAAGAAUCUCAGUACUGUGGCAUGUUUGAGUGCAGUAAAGAUGACCACUGACAGAGAGCUCUCUGAGGAAGGGCAGUGCUCCACUGCUGUCUUUACCUCGCAUGGGGUGGACAUCACACCCAGGAAAGACCAAGGCGUGCUUAAGGUUGUGAAGCGGCCAGGCAUGGAGACUGAAAGGCCGAUGAUCGGGGACAAGAUGUUUGUCCAUUACACUGGCAAACUGCUCAAUGGCAAGAAGUUUGACUCCAGCUUGGACCGAAAGGAGCCCUUCACUUUCAACCUUGGAAUAGGUCAGGUCAUCAAAGCCUGGGAUGUUGGUUUGGCCACUAUGCAGAAAGGGGAAGUCUCCCUGUUCCUCUGCAAGCCGGAAUAUGCCUACGGAGCUGCAGGGAGCCCCCCAAAAGUCCCCCCAAACUCGACACUACUGUUUGAGGUCGAACUUCUCAACUUCAAAGGUGAGCUGCUGACAGAAGAUGGUGGUAUCCUCAGGAGAAUUAAAGUCAAGGGGGAUGGCUUCAGUAACCCAAAUGAAGGUGCAAGUGUCAAUGUGCAUCUCCAGGGCAGCUGUGCGGGCAGGGUGUUUGACUCACGAGACCUGUGCUUCGUGGUGGGCGAGGCAGUGGACAUGGACGUUCCCCUGGGGGUGGACAGAGCCAUGGACAAGAUGCAGAAAGGAGAAUGCUGCCUGCUCCACCUCAAACCCAGGUAUGGUUUUGGGAGAGAAGGAAAGCCUGAGUUUGGCAUUGGGCCAAACGCAGACCUGGUGUAUGAAGUGACGCUCAAGGACUUUGAGAGGUCCAAAGAUCCUUGGGAAAUGCAUGUGACGGAGAAGCUGGAUUUAGCAGUGAAGCUCAGGCAGAAGGGAACCCAGUAUUUUAAGGCAGGGCGGUUCCAACAGGCGGUGAUCCAGUACCAGCGCAUCGUGACUCUGCUAGAGAUGGAGUGUGGUCUGAAACCUGAGCAGCAGCAGUCAGUCCACUCCUUGCUCCUGGUGGCAGAGCUCAACCUGGCACUCUGCCACCUACGACUACGAGAGUACUCCCAGGCUGUGGAAAACUGCAACAAGGCUAUGGAGCUAGAUGGGGAGAAUGAGAAGGCUCUGUAUCGGAGAGGAGAAGCCCGGUUGCUACGCAACGAGUUCAGCCUGGCCAUAGAGGACUUCCAGCACGUUCUGGAGGUCAACCCUAGCAACAGAGCCGCCCGCACGCAGAUUUCCCUCUGCCAGCGCAAGAUCCGGGAGCACCACGAGCAGGACAAGAAGACCUACGCAAACAUGUUCCAGAAGUUCGCCGAACACGACGCCAAGGUGGGGCGCUUGAGAAAGAGGAAAGAGGAGUGUGGGGGGUCCAAUGAAAACAGAGGCCUGGGCAUCAAGCGGCGGCAUCGGAGUCAGGAGUGUCCCUGAGACGCCAGGCGUGUCCCUGAGACACCCGGCGUGUCCCUGAGACGUCAGGCGUGUCCCUCAGACACCAGGAGUGUCCCUGAGACGUCAGGCGUGUCCCUCAGACACCAGGCGUGUCCCUGAGACUUCAGGUGUGUCCCUCAGACACCAAGAGUGUCCCUGAGAUUCUGAGACAUGUGCUAGAGAGGGGGGGCAGGUCUCCCCAGACAACUCUGCAGACUCAGCUGCACUAAAGGACUGUGGACAGGACCCAAAACUCUUAAGCCCCUGCCCCGCCCCGCCCCAUCCUGCCCCGCCCCGCUCCGCUCCGCCCUACACGCCAGGGAUGGAGCAAGUGAGAUUCUGCAGCUGCUCUGGUGUUCCUGCAAACCAGGCACGGUCCACAGCUCCUGUGUUCUGCACCCUGGACCUCCAGGCUUCAGCUCCCAGACUGUCAGUUGAUGACGAUGAUGAUGAUGAUAAUGAUGACUAUGAUAAUUAUUAUUGUUGUUAUUUAUCCUGCAAAUGAAGUUGCCUCAAUACUGUGUGUAAUGGGUGGAGGUCAGCAAUUGAAUGUGCAGGGCUUUAAUCUGGUAGGGAUCUGGAAAGUCCUCAGAUAUAAUUGGCUGGGUGGUGCCAGGGGCCAGGGGCAGACAGACACGUUGGGUGUCCAUUAGAUUUAGUAUUUGUAUAUUUAGGUUCCUGGACCACAGGCUGAAGUCCUCAUGAGUCAAGUCAAGUGGCCAUCUGGAUCCACACAGUUUCCAGGAGCUGUCCGGUCCGUGGACCUGCCCCAUGCCGAGGCCAGCCCAGAGGGCCAGGAUGGGCUGGCUGCAGGCUUUAAGCAGGGUUUCAGCUCAUUGGAUAUCCCUUGUGUGGCUACGCUGUGCUCCGUCAGUGCGGGCCCCAGGGGCCUGCAGCUCUUUCUCUGGGUUUCCAGGGCCACUCUGAACCGUUCAGCUUCUCAGUCCACUUCCUUAGGUCCGGUUUCACGUGGAUCCCCUCAGCGCAAUCAAACCAUUUCUUCUCCGGCGAGAAGUCAACAUUUGCAAUAGCCCCGCGGUGCUUUAGAGUUUUAACCCUGCACUGGAACAAAACCUGUGCCCACACCAGCCUUUCUCAGAUUAUAUCAGGCACCCCUGUUUUUUUUCCCCUGAUGUGCGUACACCCCUACUUCAGCUGGAAGGUUAACCACACAACCACACUGAGGGUGACAAGAAAUGAUGUCAUGGUCACCUGCGCUAGAGAGAGUGUGAUGGUUCUGCUGAAUCACCUGCACUAGAGAGAGAGAGUGGGAUGGUUCUGCUGAAUCACCUGCACUAGAGAGAGAGAGUGUGAUGGUUCUGCUGAAUCACCUGCACUAGAGAGAGAGAGUGGGAUGGUUCUGCUGAAUCACCUGCCCUGGAGAGAGAGAGUGGGAUGGUUCUGCUGAAUCACCUGCACUAGA